GUCUGCUGCAAGGGAAUCCUCGGGGACAGCCAUCUAAUCAGUGUUACCUUACUUAAAUAAUAGGCCUGGGCAGCACAUAGAGAUAUGUUCUUCGCCGCUCCUUCAGCAGUGUAGACCGACGCCCUCUUCCAGCGGAAUCUGCUCACAACUUGCUCAAACCCAGCUCGCAAACAACAUGCUCUUCAACAUGCCUUCCCUCCUCAGCCUGGCCUUGCUCGCCUCGCAGGCCUCGGCUCAUGGCCUGGUCCGGAAACCGGCAACCCGCCAACCCGGGACCGCAACCGAGGCAGCAUGCGGCAAGACCAUGGUCAAAUUCUACAAGGACGACGGCACCUCAUACCCCGAGGCCCUGCUCCGGGCGAACCCGCGCGGCCUGACCGACGGCUACGACGCCAAGAAGUGCAACCUCUGGCUCUGCAAGGGCUACCAGUUCGCCGAUAACGCGGCCAAUGUGCAAAGCUACAAGCCCGGCGAUGUCAUUGACAUGGAGGUGUACAUUCGCAUCCCCCACAGGGGGUAUGCCAAUGUCAGUGUUGUUGAUACCGCGUCGAACACAGUUAUUGGGACCCCGCUGGUUGCCUGGCCGCAGGAUUAUGCGGCGAGUGCAAACCCGCCGGCGGAUCAGACCAAGUUUAGUGUCAAGGUGCCUGAGUUGGGCGGGAAGUGUACGACGGCUGGGGAGUGUGUCAUCCAGUGGUAUUGGUUGGGCCAGGGCCAGACGUACGAGUCAUGCAUCGACUUCACCGUUUCUGCGGCUGCGGAGGAGUCGGGUCACGGCCAUCCUAUGCACAAGAUCAGAGGGCAGUCAUGGGCUUGAUGGAGACGGAGAUCUCUUCUCGGAUUUUGAUGUAGAGCCAACUUUUAGUCGAUUCUGUGCCUGUCCAAGUGUGAGAAAUCUGCCAUGUGGAUAGCUGUACAGCCACGGCCAAAAGAUAACUUAGGGUACAUGUAUCAACUUCAUGUUGCCCAGAGCUAGGCUUAGAUACGCAGCGCGGUGUCUAGAAUUAGAUGCAUUACUUGUUACUAUUAGAAAGAUCUUGAAGUACGUGUACUCUAUGGCUC